CUUCUCUGCCCCUCCAUGUCUCUCCCUCUUUCGCUCUGUACCUCUCUUUCUCCCUCUCUUUUCUCUCUCCCUCCCUAUCUCACCCCCUCCCUCUUUCUCCCUGUUCACUGAGUCGCAGUUAAAUCCCAUUGUGAUGUAAAACAGAGUCGGAGAGAGAGACGCAGAGGCACGGAAACUCUGGUCUCACCGCUCCUCCGCCUCCUGCUCCUCCUCUUGUUUCUCAACUCUGCUCUGCUCCGUCUCUCCUCCUUCUCAAUGAACGGAGGAAAUGUUUCUCUCCUGACGGAAACCGCCUCGUUGUCUUCCCACCGCUUCCCGGUGUCGGUCCCGGGAUAAGGUGCUCAGGAGCUGCCCGGAGGGAGCGCACUGUGGCCGGCCAUGGAGAGCGGCUGCGGCCGGGCGGGAGGAGGUGGAGGCGAAGGGCGUUUUAUGCUGGUGGAGGCCCGGCUUCAGGGAGGAGCACCGUGGGGUUUCACCGUGCAGGGAGGACUGGAGCAUGGAGAACCGCUGAUCAUCUCUAAGGUGGAGGAGGGCGGUAAGGCAGACUUGGUGGAGCACCCCCUGCUGGUGGGAGAUGAGCUCAUCUUCAUCAACGACAUAGAACUGACAGGAUACAGACAGGAAGCCAUUGCUCUGGUUAAAGGAUCUCACAAGACUCUGAAUCUCACUGUCCGCAGGGAGUUUGAUGAAGGAUACAGCAGAGAGUCUCCUGCACCACCUCCAUCACUCCCUCCUUCUCCUCCUCCUCCUCCUCUAACUCCUACACAUCAGCAAGAAGCGACAGCAUCAUCAUCAUCGCCAUCGUCCUCCCACCACGGCAGAGCAGGAGCGGGGAGAGGAGGAGCAGGAGGAGUCCAGCUCCGUAUCAAGAACAGGUGA